AUGGCGGACACUUCCGGGAUCACGCCUGACUCUCUGAAGAGCAAAUUGAUUGAACAGCUGCAGGCACAGCAUGUUGAGAUUGAGGAUUUGUCGGGUGGCUGCGGACAGGCCUUCCAGGCCGUCAUUGUCUCUCCCCAGUUCGAGAGCAAGAACAUGCUCGCGCGCCACCGGCUGGUCAACUCCGUGCUGAAGGCAGAGAUCGCUGCUAUCCAUGCUUGGACGCCCAAGUGCUAUACUCCGGAGCAAUGGCAGGCGAUGCAGUAG